UCUUCCUUCUCCUUCUCCUUUCCCAAUUCCCUACUUUCACUUCCCAUCCUUCUCCCAUGGGCAACGCCACCUCCUUCUCCGGUGCCGGAAAAGUCGUUCUCUCAGACGGUUCCGUUCAGGAGCUCAACGAGCAGUUGACCGCGGCCGAGCUGAUGCUCGAACACCCACGACAGGUUGUCGUUGAGAUAUGCUCGACUAUCGCUGGAAAACGACCGACUUCGUUGCCGGCCGAUGAGAAGCUUGAUUUGAAGAAGGUUUAUGUAAUGCUUCCGAUAAGAGGAGGCAAGCCAGCGUCAUUGUCGUCAGAGGAAAUCCGCCGCAUUCUUCUGUGCACCAACUCGACUUUACGGUUGCAUUCUCUCUUUCGAUCUUCUUCCAAAGUUCUUCCAUGGUUUGCGAGAGUAUGCACGACAACAACGGCGACGACGAUCGGGACGGCCGGAGUGAAGAUGAAAAAGGGAGAUAAUAUGGAGACGGGAGAGGAAAAUAGGUGGGAAACGGAGAUGGCGGCGGAGGGGAGGCCGGAGUAUUUGAGCAGGCAAUUUUCCGGCAGAGGGUGGAAGCCGAGCUUGGACACGAUUAAGGAGAAGAAAUUUGAGAAGAAAAUUUCACAUUGGUUGUUCAAAUUUUGAAGGCAUUAUGAAGCCAUUGCAUAUAUUUGUGUAUUAUUAUUAAGAAUAUGUCCAAUAUCAUGAAAAUAUUUGG